CAGCACCACCACCACAACCUUCACCCCCGAAGAAGCCUCCCUCCUCGCCCAGCAGUCCUACACCGCCGUCCUGCGCUGCUCCGUCAAAGAAUCAGACAUCUGGUACCGCGCCUCCGUCAUCCUCGAAACCUUCUGCUCCUUCCGCCGCUACGUCCCCAAGUUCGACUCCGUGCCCCCGUCCUGGGUCAGCCGCGGCGGCGCCGGCAUCACCUACGCCUGUCUCGAGCGCUUCAAGAACGGCUUGCUCACCGCGCAGAAGAGCACGGAUGGCGUGGAUAAGUGUCUGGAAAUUAUUCAGUUCCGCACCGAUCAGGCUUCGGGUUCGAAUACCGUUGCGCAGCAUCAGCCCAUGACCAACAAUGUGCCGGCCAGCGAUCCCUUCCAAGACGUAGAUUGGUCCAUGUUCAUGGACGACUUUGGCUGGACGGGCGAGGAUGGCGUCUUGAUGAGCCUCAUCUAA